AGUAAGCUGGUUCCUUUCGUCCUAAAAAAAAAAAAGCUGGUUGCUUGGUUUUAAAUGAGGAAUGGGAUUUGCUUUAGUUUUAAGUUUUUCUUGUAAAAUUCCAAACUUAUUGUUGUUAGAGCAAAUGACGAAUGUGGGUUUUAGUCAAGCCCAGUUCUGAAUCGAUCUGAGUUUGUCCUCAUCUUGCUGAAUAUGUUUAUAAAUCUGCAAAUUUGUUACCUAUGUAACAAUGGAAGCUGGAAAUGGAAGUUUCAGUUUUGGUUUUGGUUUAUCAUGAUUUCUUUUAACUUCGUUCUUCUGUCUCAUAUCACUUUUAAAGCAGAAAGACUUUCCAUUUUUACUUCAAAAUAUUUUCAAGGGGCAUGAUUUCUUCUCCAAACUCUAUAAAGUCCUUUCUUCUUUUUCUUAUGAACUUUUUUGUUGCUACCAUAAUAAUUAUGCAAUAAUAACAGUUGGAUAUUGAUUUUUAAACUAGAGAUAUUAAGCAAACAUAGUUAUUUUAUAAUUAUGGAAAUUCAUAACUUACUGCACCCUUUUCUUGUAAUACUCACUAUCAAAACAAAUUCCAUAGUUCAUACCAGUAAUCAAUUUUCCAGCAUUUUUAGAGCUAGAAGGGCACUUACAGAGCUAAUAUGAAAAAAUCCAGAUAUUUAUAGGUGUAAGGUCCACCCUAGGAGAUUGAGAAUCUCCUAGCUGCCAAGCAGGAAUCUUUUCCAAGCUCAUUAGAUAUCCGAAAGCAACUGUAGGUUGCAUCAACUGAACUGACUUUGCUCAUAUCUCAUAACAUUUCUAAGUGUUUUGCGCUGACUAACCAGUGCCAUACUGUGUCUAUUUCAUGAAAGUUUGAUGCUAACCUUGUUUUUUGUGUUUUUUCUGGAUUUUGGACAAGAGUUGAAUAAUAAAUUGUGUAGAAAAGUAUUUCAUUCAUAGCAUGUGAUAUACCAUUUUUUUUUUUAAUAUUUUGUUUGACAGAAAUAGCAUGUCCAUGGAGAAUUGAGAGUGGAACAGAGGGCAAGUUGAAUAUAGUUUUGGGUCUUUGAGCCAUAAUUUUUUUUAAGAUUUGAAUCACUCGUGUCUUCUUGGGGAACUUUGCAAGGGGUUCUUCGAUUUGAAUCAUUCGUGACUCCUGGGGUCAUUUUGCAAGGGGGUUCUUGAGUCUCACCUAACAGUUCAGAUUAUGACAUGGCAAUGGCAAAGUUGGAGACAGGUAGUAUGCUCAAUAAAACUUCCCCUGGUUUGGGUGGAAAAAAUGGUCUUUAUUCAACCAAUGGCGUGCAUGAGUUACUUGAGUGCCCUGUCUGCACAAAUUUGAUGUACCCUCCUAUUCAUCAGUGUCCAAAUGGUCACACAUUAUGUUCAGACUGCAAGAUUAGGGUGCACAAUUGUUGUCCCACUUGCCGCUAUGAACUUGGAGAUAUAAGGUGUUUGGCUUUGGAGAAAGUUGCUGAAUCAUUGGAACUUCCAUGCAGAUACCAGAGUUUAGGCUGUCAUGAUAUAUUUCCAUACUACAGCAAGCUCAAACAUGAGCAACACUGUCGGUUUCGUCUAUACAAUUGCCCUUAUGCUGGAUCUGAGUGCUCUGUUACGGGUGAUAUCCCUACUCUUGUUGGGCAUCUUAAGGAGGAUCACAAGGUUGACAUGCAUGAUGGGUGUACCUUCAACCAUAGAUAUGUUAAAGCAAACCCAAAUGAAGUUGAAAAUGCGACUUGGAUGCUAACUGUCUUUAAUUGUUUUGGAAGACAGUUCUGUUUGCACUUUGAAGCCUUCCAGCUAGGCAUGGCUCCAGUCUACAUGGCCUUUUUACGAUUCAUGGGUGAUGACAUUGAGGCUAAGAAAUUCAGCUACAGUUUGGAAGUUGGCGCAAAUGGCCGUAAGCUAAUAUGGCAGGGAAUUCCUAGGAGUAUCCGGGACAGUCAUAGAAAAGUUCGUGACAGCCAAGAUGGACUCAUUAUUCAGAGGAAUCUAGCUCUGUAUUUCUCUGGUGGGGAUAAGCAAGAACUAAAGUUGAGGAUUACUGGCCGUAUAUGGAAAGAAGAAUGAAGAUCUGGAUAGAUGGUUUGUGUUUAGGUGUACAGUUAAAAACUCUGAGAAUGGCUAGGGUAGCCCCAUAUUGAAGCAUCAAAUGUAUUUCGUUUGGGUUUUUCGUUUAAAGUUGGAGUUUAAGUGAUUGAGCUUGAGGGUAUUUUGCAAACUGAUUUAUCUGCUCACUGCCUGCCAGAUCAGAGUUGCAACCUAGUGUUCGAAAUGGAUAUCUGAAUUAUUCGAUGGGUUGAUGGAAGUGCAGCAGGAUGUCCCUGUUUUGAAGCAAUAAUUUUGUUUGGUUAUUGUGUAUGCUUUACCCUCAAGACUGACACGAAGUCCUUGGCUUCAUAUGUAUCUAAAUACACCUAUUGCCAUGUAUUUGUACCUAUGUGUUUCGGAUGCUGUGUGGUCAUUAACACCAUAUGGCCUGAGUUGAUGAAUCUAUUCAAGAGAUUUUCUUUUGCUUGG